UUUCGUAAUUAUGCAUCAAUAUGGUCUAAGGGGGGUACGGGAUGGUGUGUAUGUAUUUAUAAGGUAUGUAUGCAUGCUUGAAUCACAUUCUUUAUGUAAUAUUACCAUGUUUUCGGAGUUUAAUUAGUUCCGCAUGUCGAAACCUGCUGAACGAUUAAAUGAUCGCAACAAGGGCAAAAUCAUCAUGGAAGUUAGACCUAGCCGGGGCCAUAAGACAUGUCAGAUAAGAAACGAGGCCCAGGCUAGGUCUAAUGUUGUUGGACUAGGGUCACAGGGGCUUGUAGCUACACUACAAUACCUAAAUGAAGGUUCUCCUGAACUCACAGCACGUUUUACUUCUUCGAUACCAUCCCUCAUCUUAGAUUUCCUAGGUAUGAUGUUUUCAUUGAAAAUCAAACUGGGAACGAGUAUGACCAUCCCUAACUAUGUCUAUAUUCAGUCCAAUGGUUUGUUAUCAUUUCAAGGAGUAC